AUCUAAAGAUCUCUACAUUCGCAAGCCUAAUCAUCAGUCUAUAAGAGAAAGCUAUCACCAAGACCGACUUUUCAUUCCUGGUUUUCCGAUAACACUUAACAGAUCUUCAUCCAGUCAUCAGAACUGACCACCAAGACGUAAGUAGAACAAAAUGGCUUUAAUCCAAGCGAAACCAUUCCGUCUUGCCCUAAUUCAAUUAUCAGGUUUAACAUCUUCCAAACCUCACAAUAUCUCCAUAGCUCGUUCAGCCGUAGCUCAAGUAUCUAAAACUGAACCGAAACCUCAAUUAAUAGUAUUACCGGAAAUAUGGAACAGUCCAUAUGCCGUCAGUAGUUUCAGACCUUAUUCCGAGAUCAUACCUUCUCCUUCACCUCCCACGGAUUUAAUCGUACAAGGAGGAGAAGAAGAAAUAAAAGAGGAAGAAGGUGAGACUGUAAAAGCUAUGAGAGAAAUGGCUAGAGAUUCUGGUUGUUGGUUAAUUGGAGGAAGUAUCCCGGAAAUCGAUAAGAAAACAGAUAACAUUUAUAAUUGUUGUACUGUCUAUGAUCCUUCAGGUAGAUUAGUUGCGAAACAUAGGAAAAUACAUUUGUUCGAUAUUGAUAUUCCUGGUAAACAAACUUUCAAAGAAAGCGAGACGUUGACUGGUGGAACUCAAUUGACAACGUUCGAAACUCCAUUUGGCAAGAUUGGUCUGGGAAUAUGUUAUGAUAUUCGAUUCCCAGAAAUGGCAAUGAUUGCAGCUAGAAAAGGAUGCGUGGCUAUGAUCUAUCCUUCGGCUUUCAAUACCACUACUGGACCUAUGCAUUGGACGUUGUUACAAAGGGCUCGCGCGGUCGAUAACCAAAUUUACGUAGCCAUGUGUUCUCCUGCUCGUCAUCCCGAAGCUUCCUAUCAAGCUUAUGGACAUAGUAUGGUUGUCAACCCUUUGGGAGAGGUCAUAGCUGAAGCCGAUGAGAACGGCGCUGUCAUUUUUGCUGAUAUUGAUCCUGAACUGCUCGCUACCACCCGUCGUAACCUGCCCGUUACUAUUCAAAGACGAUUCGACGUCUAUCCUGAUGUCGCCAAAACUCCUUAAGAGCGGGAUUCCAGGCGUAGCUACGAUCAAUACAGUCAAAAUUUAUCUGCAUGUCAUACGAAUAUACUUGUUAAA